AUGGAUGUUAAUAUUGUACCGUUUGGUGAUGCUAAUUGCACAAAGAUUGGUACUAGACACUAUGAGUAGGUAUUAAUGAACUGCUGUAGCUUCAGCCCUAGCCCUAGCUCAGAACUCUAGCCCAGAGCCUUAGUUCAGAGCCCUACCCCAGAGCCCUAGCCCAUAGCCCUAGCCCAGAGCCCUAGCCCAGAGCCUUAGUUUAGAGCCUUAGCCCAGAGCCCUAGCCUAGAGACCUAGCCCAGAGCCCUAGUCCAAAGCCCUAGCCCAGAACCCUAGCCCAGAGCCCUAGCCCAAAGCCCUAACUCCAAAGCCUUAACCCCAGAUCCCUAGCCCCAGAGCCCUAGCCCAGAGCCCUAGUUUAGAGCACUUGCCCAGAGCCCUAGCCCAGAGCGCUAGCCCAGAGUCCUAGCCCAGAGCUCUAGCCCAAAGCCCUAACUCCAAAGCCUUAACCCCAGAUCCCUAGCCCCAGAGCCCUAGCCCAAAGCCCUAACUCCAAAGCCUUAACCCCAGAUCCCUAGCCCCAGAGCCCUAGCCCAGAGCCCUAGCCCAGAGCGCUAGCCCAGAGUCCUAGCCCAGAGCUCUAGCCCAGAGCCCUAGCCCAGAGCUCUAGCCCAGAGCCCUAGCCCAGAGCUCUAGUCCAAAGCCCUAGCCCAGAACCCUAGCCCAGAGCCCUAGCCCAGAGCCCUAGCCCAGAGCCCUAGCCCAGAGCCCUAAUCUAAAGCCUUGUCCAUAGCUUAUCUUCAUUUAAAUUACCCUUUUUUAACUUAAUCUUAACAUCAAUUUUGUUAGAUGUAACUGCCAGCAUGGAGCACUAGAAUGCGCAUUAAAUACUCUGAUGAAUUGUGUAAAAGAACGUUAUGUUAAUAUAUUUCAACAUUAUAUACCACUGAUCGUAUGUAUUCAAGGAGAACAGUCAAUAGAAAGUGCAGUAAACAAAUGCUUCAAGGAUGAUAAAGUAAAAAAGGAGUAAGUGAAUUCCUUACCCUACCCUACCCUACCCUACCCUACCCUACCCUACCCUACCCUACCCUACCCUACCCUACCCUACCCUACCCUACCCUACCCUACCCUACCCUACCCUACCCUACCCUACCCUACCCUACCCUACCCUACCCUACCCUACCCUACCCUACCCUACCCUACACUACCCUACCCUACCCUACCCUACCCUACCCUACCCUACACUACCCUACCCUAUCCUACCUUACCCCUACCCCCACCCUACCUUACCCUACCCUACCCUACCCUACCCUACCCUACCCUACCCUACCCUACCCCUACCCUACCCUACCCUACCCUACCCUACACUACCCUACCCUACCCUACCCUACCCUACACUACCCUACCCUACCCUACCCCUACCCUACCCCACCCUACCUUACCCUACCCUACCCUACCCUACCCUACCUUACCUUACCCUACCCUACCCUACCCUACCCUACCCUACCUUACCCUACCCCACCCUACCUUACCCUACCCUACCCUACCCUACCCUACCCUACCCUACCCUACCCUACCCUACCCUACCCUACCCUACCCUACCUUACCUUACCUUAUCCUACUCUACCCUGCCCUGCUCUAUCCUACUCUACUCUUCUCUACUUUAUCCUACCUUCAUAUGCCUUUUAAGUUAAAAAUUUCCUACAUUAGCUUUUAUUACCCUACCCUACCUACUGUUCUCUUUCAACCAUUGCCAUUAUCAGAUUGACCACCUGUGCCUACUCGAAGCAUGGUCGAUUCUUACUGGCUCGAGCUGGACAGUUGACGAAACCAAGAUUUACUAAACGGUUUUUCGUUCCUGGAGUAAUAAUCAAUGAUAGUAACUACACUAUAAACGACGUCUUUGAAUUCAGAAGUCGUGUAUGCACGGAAAUGAAUCUUUCUCUAGAGCUGGUGGAAUGUAAAAAUGUCAAUUUGUACAAGUAA